CCCAACCGCCCGCCGGGCCGGACCGGCCUGCCCCCAACCGUCACCGCCUCCCCCGCCCCGGCCGCAACCGCCAGCCCCUGCCCCUCCCCCGCCCCGUGCCGCGGCCGCGGGCGGCACUCGCGGGGUCGGUCGCGGGCCGGAGGGCGUGUGGGCCGUGCCUGUGGGAGAAAGUGCGUGUGGCCUGGCCUGUCAUGUGAUUUCGCUCUCACUCUCUCAAGUGUCAUUGGGCCGCCGCCUGCGCCUGGGGCCGGUGGUCUGGCGGCUCCAGGCCCCAGGGUGGGGGUGGGGGUGGGGGUGGGGGUGGGGGCGGGGGCGGGAGCGUGCGCCCCGCGUGGCGCUCGCGGUGGCUGUGGGCUUGCGAGCGUGGAGACCCCUCCCCCUGCAGGGCCUGCUUCAGGCUGCCGCAGUGUGUCUGGAGACUUCCUGUGGUCCGGGGACGGGCUUGCGAGGCCUGGGCGGGCGGGCAGGCAGGCAGGCGUGUUACCUUGGCGCUGUGGUGGAGAGGAGACCAGGCUGCAGCUGAACGCUCUUCUGCGGAGCCAGCCCGGGAGCUUCCUGCGGGGAGGACGAUGCAGGCCACUGGCCGCCGCUGGUCUGGGCAAAGCUGCCUGGGCUGGGUAUUGGCAGAACCAGGCCACUCGCUCAGCGGAGAGGAGGUGGUGGGUGCUGCCAAGAGACUUGGGGAAGCCUCAGCUUAUUACUGGGUGUUUCCAUCCGGUGUGUUGGGUCUACGAGCAGGCGGAAGACGCUAGUAAGCUUGCUAUGGCAUUGUUCAAGUACCCACUGGACCAUGGUUUUGCAGAAAAUGUGAAUCCCAGGAGAGAGCAGCAAGAGUGGUGUAUUUAUUUAUUUGAAAGAGUUACACAGAGAGAGAAGGAGAGGCAGAGAGACAGAGGUGUUUUCCAUCCGCUGGUCCACUCCCCAACUGGCUGCAACAGCCAGAGCUGCGCCAAUCUGAAGCCAGGAGCCAGGAGCUUCUUCUGGAUCUCCCAUGCAGGUUGGGCUCAUGUGGUUUGUGCCCUGUAUAUUCCAGAGGUACAGUUUGCCAAUGUGUCCACAAUGGAACCAAUUGUUUUACAGUCUGUUCCUCAUGAUCGUUACAAUAAGACUUGCUAUAUUUGUGAUGAACAAGGAAGAGAAAGCAAAGCAGCCACUGGUGCUUGCAUGACAUGUAAUAAACAUGGAUGUAGACAGGCUUUCCACGUAACAUGUGCACAGUUUGCUGGAUUGCUUUGUGAAGAAGAAGGUAAUGGUGCAGAUAAUGUCCAAUACUGUGGCUACUGUAAAUACCAUUUUAGUAAGCUGAAAAAGAGCAAACGGGGAUCUAAUAGGUCAUAUGAUCAAAGUUUAAGUGAUUCUUCCUCUCACUCUCAGGAUAAACAUCAUGAGAAAGAGAAAAAAGUCACCCUGACAGUGUUGGGGAUUGGGGAGCCAGUGCAAAUGCCAACAUUCUGGCUACUGCUGUUAAUGAAAUAUAAAGAAAAGGACAAACACAAACAGAAACAUAAAAAGCAACCAGAACCAUCACCUGCACUAGUUCCAUCCUUGACUGUUACUACAGAAAAAACUUAUACAAGUACUAGCAACAACUCUAUAUCUGGAUCCUUGAAGCGGUUGGAAGAUACCACAGCUCGUUUUACAAAUGCAAAUUUUCAGGAAGUAUCUGCACACACUUCUAGUGGAAAAGAUGUUACAGAGACAAGAGGGUCAGAGAGCAAAGGAAAGAAAUCUUCAGCUCACAGCUCAGGUCAAAGGGGAAGAAAGCCUGGUGGUGGACGAAAUCCUGGGACAACUGUGUCAGCAGCUAGCCCCUUUCCACAAGGCAGUUUUUCAGGAACUCCAGGCAGUGUAAAAUCAUCUUCUGGAAGUUCAGUGCAGUCUCCCCAGGAUUUCUUGAGCUUUACAGACUCAGAUCUGCGUAAUGACAGUUAUACUCACUCCCAACAGUCAUCGUCAACCAAAGAUGUACAUAAAGGAGAGUCUGGAAGCCAGGAAGGGGGGGUAAAUAGUUAUAACUCCUUAAUUGGUCUCCCUUCGACCUCAGCUGUUAUUUCACAGCCUAAAAGCUUUGAAAAUUCACCCGGAGACUUGGGUAGUUCCAGCCUUCCUGCAGCAGGAUAUAAACGGGCUCAAACUUCUGGCAUAGAAGAAGAAACUGUCAAGGAAAAGAAAAGAAAAGGAAAUAAACAAAGUAAGCAUGGGCCUGGUAGACCCAAAGGAAACAAAAAUCAAGAGAAUGUUUCUCAUCUCUCAGUUUCUUCUGCUUCACCAACAUCAUCUGUAGCAUCAGCUGCAGGAAGUGUAACAAGCUCUAGUCUUCAGAAAUCUCCUACGUUGCUCAGGAACGGAAGUUUACAAAGUCUUAGUGUUGGCUCAUCUCCAGUUGGUUCAGAAAUUUCCAUGCAGUAUCGGCAUGAUGGAGCUUGUCCAACAACUACUUUCUCAGAGUUGCUGAAUGCAAUACACAAUGUUCCAGAGAGAGAGAGAGAGACAGAGAUCUUCCAUCCACUGGUUCACUCCUCAGAUGGCUACAACAGCUGGAGCUGGGCCGAUCCAAAGCCAGGAGCCAGGUGGAUCAGAACUGGAGCAUCCGAGACACAAACUGGCAGACUGGUGCCCAUGUGGGAUGCAGACAUCACAGCAGACAGAGAUGACAAUUCUACACUAACAAAGCAAGAACUUAAAUUCAUAGGCCAUCAGCAGGGAGCCGGAUGGGAAGUGGAGCAGCCGGGACUUGAACCAGCACCUAUAUGGGAUGCUGGUGCCACAGGCGGAGGCUUAACCUACUACGCCACAGCACCGGCCGCUUCUCUAGGUAUUUACAACAGCAAUGAUGUAGCAGUAUCGUUUCCAAAUGCAGUGUCUGGCUCAGGAUCUAGUACUCCUGUUUCCAGUUCUCAUGUACCUCAGCAGUCUGCUGGGCAUCUGCAGCAAGUGGGAGCUCUGUCUCCCUCAGCUGCCUCGUCUGCAACCCCUGCUGUUGCCACAACUCAGGCAAAUACUCUAUCUGGAUCCUCUCUUAGUCAGGCACCAUCUCAUAUGUAUGGCAAUAGAUUAAAUACAAAUCCAUCAAUGGCAGCUCUUAUAGCUCAGACUGAAAACAGUCAAACAGAUCAAGAUCUUGGAGACAAUAGCCGCAGCCUGGUUGGCAGAGGAAGCUCACCCCGAGGAAGUCUCUCUCCACGAUCCCCUGUAAGCAGCUUACAGAUUCGCUAUGAUCAACCAGGCAACAACAGUUUAGAAAAUCUGCCUCCAGUAGCAGCGAGCAUAGAACAGCUUUUGGAGAGGCAGUGGAGUGAAGGACAACAAUUUUUAUUAGAACAGGGUACUCCUAGUGACAUUUUAGGAAUGUUGAAGUCUUUACACCAACUUCAAGUUGAAAAUCGAAGAUUAGAAGAACAAAUUAAAAACUUGACUGCCAAAAAGGAGCGUCUUCAGCUAUUAAAUGCACAGCUUUCAGUGCCUUUUCCAACAAUAACUACAAAUCCUAGUCCAUCUCAUCAAAUACAUGCAUUUUCAGCACAGACUGCUCCUACUACUGAUUCCUUGAACAGCAGUAAGAGCCCUCAUAUAGGAAACAGCUUUUUACCUGAUAAUUCUCUUCCUGUGUUAAAUCAGGACUUAACCUCCAGUGGACAAAGCACCAGCAGUUCUUCAGCUCUUUCGACUCCACCUCCUGCUGGGCAGAGUCCAGCUCAACCAGGCUCAGGAGUUAGUGGAGUCCAGCAAGUCAAUGGUGUGACAGUGGGAGCACUAGCUAGUGGAAUGCAGACUGUAACAUCCAACAUUCCUGCUGUGUCUGCAGUGGGUGGAAUAAUUGGAGCUUUGCCAGGUAACCAACUGGCAAUUAAUGGCAUUGUAGGAGCUUUAAAUGGGGUUAUUCCGACCCCUGUCACAAUAUCCCAGAACCCUGCCCCCCUCACUCACACAACUGUACCACCUAAUGCAACACAUCCAAUGCCAGCUACACUGACUAACAGUGCCUCAGGACUAGGAUUACUUUCUGACCAGCAAAGACAAAUACUUAUUCAUCAACAGCAGUUUCAGCAGUUAUUAAAUACUCAACAGCUUACACCAGAACAGCAUCAAGCCUUUAUAUAUCAAUUAAUGCAACAUCACCACCAGCAGCACCACCAGCCUGAACUACAGCAGCUACAGAUCCCUGGGCCAACACAAAUACCCAUAAACAACCUUCUUGCAGGUACUCAGGCGCCCCCACUUCACACAGCUACCACCAACCCAUUUCUGACCAUACAUGGAGAUAAUGCAAGCCAGAAAGUCGCAAGACUUAGUGAUAAAACUGGGCCUGUAGCUCAAGAGAAAAGUUGACACUUGAAAAACAUUCAGAAAUUGCCUACCCUGCUGUUCUGGCACACGUCAUUGGCUGCUGUUGCAGUCUGUUUACUACAACUAUGAAGAAACGCAACAAGAGACUAACCGCACAACACAGGAUUAGUUGCCGCAAGCACGUUCUUGUAAGGCUUUGAUUAAUUUUCUUGUUGCUUUGUUGCACUGACAUGGAAUUCCCAUAUUCCCUUACCCACAUUUUUUGAACUUUGAAAGAAAAUUUAAUAACUAACUUUUGUCAAUGAAAUAAUUUACAUGCAAUGAGUUUAUCAACCCAAGAAAAAUUUAAUAUAGUUGGUGCACAUCUAGUUUUGCUAUAAAUUGGAGAUAUGAAUAGCAAAGCUAGACUUGUUCCAUUUAAAACCUCCUUGCUUUCACUCUACAAGUUGCUUAUGAAAUAGGAUCUUCUCUUUGCAUUACAGUAUGCUUGCUCUGUGAGAUCUUAGAACAAAUUUCAAGGAACUGUCCAAUUUCUUCCAGAGUUUUAUUGAGUAAAUAUUGCAAAUAUAUAUAUAUAUAGGUCAUCAACUGGCACUUGGCAAUCUUUGUUUAAAAAAAAUUUCCUUCCAAUGGGAUUUGGCCAAUUUUGUUAAUCACGUUAGGACGGUAUUGUCUGCUUCUGCUAAUGGUAAUUUUCUUUUACUAAGUGGUUUUUCUUUAGUGUUAAGAUUCAUAACUUUUAAAAAUCCCUGAGUUAAGCAAGUUCUAAGGCUGCUGGGGGAACCAGAUCAAUCAAAGCAAAAUACUUCUUUCAGAAAGAGAGGCCACUCUGGAAACUGCUAGUAGGGUUUGGCCUUAAUCAAGUGCCUGUUAGUACCUCCAUUGUGUUGUGAUGGCUCUAGAGAGCAGAGCUGAGCUACAGUCAGUCCUUGUAAAGUAGCAGGAAUCGUUUGCCUUGUCCCAGCAGCCUUCCCCGUGCUUCCGCCUUCAUUGAAAACUUUCUAUGCCACUGUAGAUAGCUCAGGCAAAACCAUUACCUGGGUAUUUAUCCACUAAUGAAUCACAAGAAAAUGAGUGGACUUGGUAAGAAUAUGUAUUUGUUUUAUUUAUACUACUUCCUAUUACCAUUAAAACAAACCAAAAAGAAAACAACACAUAAACCCACACACAAAAAACCCACACACACAAACCCACCAUUAUAUUCCUGGAACAGGGGAGACCUAUAUUACAGCCCUUCUCCUUCGGGAGCCAUGCUCUUGAUGUGAGAUACGGCAGAGGAAUUGAUUAAAGAAUUGGGCAUGUAACCAUUGAACUGUUCUUGUAUGUGUGAAUUAUUAGUGGAAAAGACCCAGCUGUAAUUAGACCUCCACUGUGUACUUAGCUGGAAGAACAUGUUAAUUCUGCAAUAUGUCUCUUGGUUAAACAUUGCACAGUUCUUACCUCAUUUCUGUAAAUAAGGUUUUGUGAAUCUGUUUUGUAUUGUGAAAAAUUCAUAAGAUAACAUUGAUAUUUUGAUUUGUAAUAUUUCUAAUUGGUAGAUUUAAUUGAAAGUAAAAUUAAUUUAUUUUUAUAUGUUCUGGGGAAUUUUAAAGAAAGUCAAAUCUUUUGUAGAUAAUUUAAAAAAAAUCAGUGCGGUUUAUUUUACUUAUUUAACCCACUGGUUGUUAUUCUGUAACAAUUUGUAUAAAUGGUAAAUUUUGAAUGUGUUGUUAUUUUACCUAGAUGUAAAAUUCCACAUGUAUUAAAAGAAUGUAAAAAGUUUUUGUUAAUAAAAUUUAAUAAUGUUUAUAA